AUGAUUCGCUCAAGUUUUAUUGCUAUGUUGCUCAUUUGUGUCGUGUGUUCAUUCUGUGGCAAAGAUUUUGUAACGCUUGGGCGACACUCAUGGCGGUGUAAACAACGUAUUAAUCAUGAUCAAAGCCGCUCUGGAAGCACAGAAAGAGAAAUGCCUGCUUUGAGUAAUCCUAACAUACCUAUUACACAACGAACUGUAAUUAAAUGUUGCUGCGGCAAAGUUUGUAAAGGUAAUCGGGGUUUGAAAAUGCACCAGCGUAGCUGUCAAGUCUUACAUGGGCUAAACAACGAGUUGUGCGCAGAUCUUGAGGAGCAAAUUGCAGAUAACCCUGAGAAUAUCAUAACGGACGACCACCCACCCACAACACAGUCAACUUUAGACAGUGAAGAAAUUACUCCUGAUCUAAAGAAAGGCAUAAAUCUUCCGAAGAAGGACUCUGAAUGGGAAACGGCCAACGAUUAUUUUAAAUUUGCAAUCCCUUUUAAUGGACCAAUCAUAUCGCAAGAUUUCAAUUCAAGUAUAAGGCAUUUAAACGAUACUAUAUAUAAUUACUUUGUUGAUAAUUUUGGAAAUGUUGAGACGGCCGAGAAACUCGUAGCAAAGUAUAAAGAUCAUUCUAUAAAGGAUCUAAAGAAGGCUUUAAGCAAUUUAAAGUCCACAAAUUCGGAGGUAGCCGAAAUAAAAUAUGUGUCUCGUAUUCUGCGCAAUAAGCUUCGUAACCAUGGUGACAUUCAGACAGGCUCCAACCGAGACAACUCGUUUAAUCACGACAAAUACAUGGAAAGAAAUUUUUGGGGUUAUGUUAAAAACGUUUUAAAUAAGGAAGAUGCUCUGUUCCCAUCCUUCAGCAUGACAGAAUGUGCGGUUUAUUUUACUAAAACUUUAGCUGCAGUUCACCCUGGCAAACUGUUUCAUAUUCCAAGCUGGAUUCCUAGGUUAUCUGAUCCGCAAGUGGAAUUUGACCUUGACCCGCCUACAUACCAACAAGUUACUGCUGUUAUCCGUAAAAUGAAAGCAUCUGGUUCUCCUUGUCCUCUCGAUCAGAUAUCAGUCAUAUGCUUUAAGCGAUGUCCUUACCUAAGAACUUAUUUAACUGAACUAAUACGCGCUGUCUGGCUUUCAGGAUCUAUCCCGAGUGAAUGGAAAAGAGCUUGCACUAUACUUAUUCAUAAGAAAGGCAACACGAGUAUUCCCUCAAAUUUCCGACCGAUCACACUCGAAUCUAUACCGCUUAAAGUAUUUACAUCAUGUCUGCGUAACGCAAUGUACUCCUUUCUCACCGCCAAUAACUUUAUAGAACAUAACAUACAAAAAGGCUUCACCCCAAAUCUGUCUGGUACUAUGGAACAUACUGCGCAAAUGGCUAAUAUAAUAAACAAAGCUCGUAUAAAACAACGUUCACUUGUCAUCACACUACUUGACCUCAAAAACGCUUUUGGAGAAGUUCAUCACAACUUAAUCCAAUCGGUCCUUGGCUAUCAUCACAUCCCUAAUCACAUGAAUAAUUUAAUAAAAAGCUCAUACACUGAUUUUAAAACUUCCGUAAUUACGUCUGAGUUCCGUACCCAUUUUAUACCUGUUGGCCGUGGUGUAUUGCAAGGUGACUGUCUUAGUCCUCUACUAUUUAAUAUGUGUUUCAACACAUAUAUUCAGCAUAUCAAAGCUGAAAAGUACCGUCAGUUCGGUUUCUCCCUCCAACUUCUUAUUCCAAUCCACUGGUUUCAGUUUGCCGAUGAUGCUGCGGUUAUUACUGGUCAAGAGUCGGAAAAUCAACAUCUCCUUAAUCGAUUCUCUAUCUGGUGUCAAUGGUCCAACAUGGUUGUUAGAGUUGAUAAAUGUAGCACAUUUGGCAUCAAAAAAGUUUUAUCAAAAUCUGCCCAGUACCUGCCGAAACUUUUGAUCAAUAAGGAUCUCAUACCAACAAUUAAGACUGGAGAAUCAUUUGAGUAUUUGGGACGACAUUUCGACUUUAACAUGACUAAUGAAAAACAUAAAUCUGAAGUGAUUUCCCUCAUUGAUGAACUAAUGUCCGAAAUAGAUCUUAAACCUCUUCACCCAAAAAACAAAAUUUUACUUUACAGUCGUUAUGUUUUGUCGAAGCUAUCCUGGCAUUUUACUGUUGCUACGAUAUCUAAAACUUGGGUAGUCGAAAAUAUCGAUUCUUCGGUGAACAAGUACAUCCAAAAAUGGCUGGAAGUACCUAUAUCUGGAACACUAAGUAACGUUUUUCUAACCCGUAAUAAGUUUGGUCUAAAUAUCCUCCCUGCAUCAGUCAAAUUCAUUCAGUGUCAAACAGUUCUACGCAAUGCCCUGAAAACAUCUCCAAACGAUAAAUUCAAUAAACGAACUGUGGACGUCAACUAA